CGAUGACUACCAACUGGCUAACAGGACGGUUUUGCCUACGGUGACUUUUCUCAUCAUUUGUUUACACCUAUACCUAUAAAGUGCUUUUAACAUCUUCAAGGAUAAUCCAAUGACAGAGUUUCGCUGUUUUUAUUGCACAAAUGUACGGUCAAGAGAUUUUGCAGAACUGGUAGAUCAUUGCAUAAUUCGUCAUGAUUCAGAAGAAUUAAAGUUGAAAAUGGCAACACGUGUUUAAUCAUCUACUACAAAUGUCCGAACAAAAAACUUCAAGCUAAUACCUGCUGACAUUAAGAAGGACAAUAAAUUCAUAAUUCCCCAAUGUGAAUCAUACACACUUAAUAGAUGUAACAUUUCUUCGGAACUGUUGUCACCUGUAAAGAAGAAAUGUGGAACAGAAUCUGAACAGAAUGACACUGAAAGCAUAUCAUUAACACAAAAACUUAGUUCUGUUUCAAUUAAAGAUAACAGCCAUAUUCUCGUAAAUAGCAGUAACGAUUCCGCCAAUGAUCAUGAAAGUAUGGUUACGAGUUCGAAAAUGUCAACAAAGCAUACACAGACUGAAGAUUCGGCUGUCAUAAAUCUAAAUGAGACAAACAAAAAUGAUCAAGUGUUAUUAAAAGAAAUUUUACAGUUAGUUCCUACAGUACUUGAAAAUUUGAAAAGUUGCAAUAAACAAGAUAUGUAUGUGAAGUUCCAUACAUUGAUAAACGAGAACAAGCUUCCUAUGAAUAACAUUGCUUUCCUGCUUUUCUCAGACGUCGUUGAAUGGUUCUCAAAAAGUAACACACAUGCAAUGAGAUAUUCACAAGAUGUUAAACAGUUCUGGAAAGUUGGACAUGAACUUUUUAAAGGAAAAUUUCUUCGUUUUAUGGCAGGAUGGAAAAACCAAGGUCAGGAAGCCAAAGGUCAUACAAAGCCAGAAUAAUCGGCUAUCAACUUCGCAGUUCCAGAUAGAAAAUAUCUAGACAGCACCGAGUUAUCACAUAAACUAAAAAAACAUACAGCCUGGAAUAUUGGACGAAAUGAUCGAGUUGAUUUAUGCUGAUAGCUGCUGUCUUUCUAAGACAUUUAAGCUAUGCGUAGAUGGAAAGAAAAAAAACCAUGGCGCUCAAAAUCAAGUAUACGGUGAUGUUAAUCUUUGGGGAUACGAAGGUCCACCAACUCUUCAGGAUUGUAAAGACAAACUCAGCAUAGACAAGAAGCUUGUAGAAGACUUCACUGAAAUAUUAAACAAGAUUGAAAAAAGAGAUAUUUAUGAUUUGAAUCAUAUACCAGAACACCUGAAAAAUGAUAUUUCAAGAGUAGCAAAACAAAUGAUCUGUAAUUUAAGUCAAAGACUGCGAAAAUUGCAAACAGUAAAACAGUCGAAGGUAAUUGCUCUAGAAAAGCUAAAGGUUACGUGUAUCAAUGAUGCUAUGAAAGCAAAAUAUUCCUAUGCUCUAAGUACAAUAAAACUUUCAUAUUUAAGCUAGACUUAUGCAUAAGUAGACUACUGAGAGUAAUUGAUUCGAUAGGCCACGCACCUCCGUCUGUAAUGGUGUUCAAACAUUUUAUAACAAAGGAGACGCUUGCGAUUUAUCAAUUCAGCAGAAUUACGUCUGUUUGACUGGUUUGAAAGUCGAAGUGGAUAUCCAAAACUUAAACACGUCACUCAUUAAACAAAGAUCAGAUGAAUGGCAUUCUAUUAGGAAAACCGCUAAAGUUACCGGAAGUACCGCUCACCAAGCACUAGGAUUGUCAGGACUUAAGAAAUUACAAGAACAUUUUGAAUACGUCUUUCAUCAAAAAGACAGACCAGAUUUUUCGGAGGAUGCCCAAAAGAGAAUGAAAUAUGGAACUGACAAUGAAAUUAAUGCCAUAGGAACUCUUGUUUCUAAGAUAUUGCCAAUCUUUUAUCCGAACUUCUCAUUUGUUGAGGAGGGUUGUGAGGUAUUAUGUGACAAAGAUGAAACACUUCUCAUUGUCAGUUCAGAUGGUAGUGCUAGAUACUUUAAUUCAGAAAACUACAAGCCAUCUGAUGCAGUUGCUCUUGCUAUAGAAAUCAAGUGUCCCUAUCCAAAUAAACUGUAUACAACUCCAGUUUAUUACAAGAUGCCUUGGUAUUACGUGAUACAGGUUUUAUCUGAAAUGUAUGUAUUGAAUGCAAGUAGCUUGCUAUUCCUAUGCUACAGUACCGAUAGUACAAUCGUUUGUGUUGCAAACUUUGACGAAGAGCUGUGGAAUGAAAUACUGGCAAAACUAAAAACAAUAUACGGUACUGAGAAGCCAGUAAUGCCAAAAAAACUACCAGAUGAACUAAAGACAAUAAAAGAAAAAAUCAAAACCUACUGUGACAAUAAAGUACAGUUUCUAGCUGAAAUCCCAUCUUGUCAAGUAAGUAGAGAAUGUAAACACGAACAUUCAUCAGUGGAAAGUGAGAAGAUAGGUCAGAAUUGUCAUACAAGUUGUUUAGAUUCAGUCAAACCUCAGACCAAACAUGAUGUUACAACUUUACAGAUGACAACGAUUGAAAUCAACAGUUGUUUAGACCAAACGUACUCGCUUGAAAGGCACCUUGCUAACGAAGUACUUAUAUUUCUUAUUUCAGAUUUAGAUCGAAUUCACGAGAGAGAGAAGCAACACUCAACCCCUGUCGGUUUCAGCAUGAAGGGUUACAGUUUAACCUCAUCUGUAAUGCGAAAGAUGAUCGAUGAUAUUUUGCAAAGAUGUUUCCUUAAUGGCUUAUAUACGCCUGUUGUCUCGUUUGAUGGACAGUGGUCCCAGUUGGCAGUUUGACAAAUUCCGAAA